AUGUCAACCCCCCAACAACGACCACCCCCAACCCCACCCAAAGCCAUUAUCUUCCGAAACAGAGGCUUCAAACUCUUCUACAGCUUCCCGGUAACCAUCCACUUCCUCUACAUAACCCUCGACUUCUGUCCCGACGUGGGGCCCGAUCCCUACCGGUACUGGCCCCGGCACUCCUCCACCGAGCUCUUGACGUUCUUCAGGAGGGCAGACCCAUUCCUCAACGAUGUCGAUUUUUUGGUCGCGCAGCUGAAGUGGAACCUGAUCGAGUUUGACGAGCCGAAUCUGCCCGCUGAUCGGGGGCAUAGGGCGGGGAGGUUGAGGGAGAUAUUGAUGGACGCGGUGCUAGAUGGGAAGGAUAUCCAUCCAACUGUUGAGGAUAUCAUAAGUGAUAUCGAAAGGGAGCAUGCCGAGGAGAUGAAGAGGUGGAAGUGGGAGUAUGAUGGCUGUAGGGCAGAGGUGCUCAGGUGGCAGGCGGAGACGGGGAGAAGGUUGGCGGUGCCGGGGCGAGAAAAGUAA